AUGUUCACUCAGAAAAAGAAUCAGUAUUCGUUUGACGCCAUCAGCUGCAACAGAAACUUGGUUUAUUUGCGCGUGCACAGCCCUACAAAGAACACCUGCAUUUUGUUUUGCUUUCUUGCGCGUUUCAAGCUCAAUGUUCCAAGCUCACAAUAUCUCUUCAAAGCCAUGUCCUCUCCAUCGUCGCGCUUAGCAUUCGACAGUCAUCGCUUUGGGUCAGGCAGGAUUGGAGAUGAGGUGGGACGACGUCAAGAAGAAUGGGAAAGGGAAAUCGAGACCCUGGACCAGAAGGAGAUGGAAUUGCAUCAGUCGCAGCUGCGUUUGAUCAGGGAACAAACGGCGAUCUUUAUCCGAGACCUUGGCCUUCUGCAGGGAGAGGUUUCAGCCUUGAAAGAGAACGUGGGCAUUGGGCUGUCUUCUAACAUCAUGCCGUUGCAGAAUGAUGUCAAAGAACAGAAGGCCAAACUACUGUCCCAGGAACAAAUCAUCACAACGACGCAGAAACGAGUGGAAUACCUGGAGCGAUUGCUGGGCGAAUCAGUGGAGCGCCACUCGCAGGAGAUUGAGUCAGCCAAGUCUGCGCACGUACGACUUGCUGACGAAGCAAAAGCACGGGAGGCUCAUCACGCAUCUGUGGCAGAGCGUCUCAACUACAUUGAACAGCUGGUUGGUGACUCCUUUGAGCGCCACUCGAAGGAAAUCCAGGCUUCUCACACGCGGCUGGAGACCAUGCACAGCAGACUGGUGGCAUGUGAGUCUGACGCCAACCACAAGUCCCUGCGUGAGCGUGUCGAUUUCCUAGAAAAACUCCUGGGUGAGUCUGUGGACAAGCAUUCUGAGGGCCUGCAAGCUGCGCACUCAAACCUGCAAAAGCUCCAUGGCAGCUUGCAGGAACAGAUGUCAACCAGGAUGGAGAAGCUUCAUGGAAACGUCCAAGAAAGGCUCCAGGCCAUUGAGAAACAGCUUGGACAAGUUGAUGACCGCAGGGAAGCCCAUGCUCGAGAGUUGCAGCAGGUCAAAAGCCAGGUAGACCAAGCCCAUCAAAAGCUGGGAAAUCCAACCAAGCCCCAAAGUUCUUUGCACCAUGCUACGAUGGCAGAGAGAAUGGAGUACUUGGAAAAGCUAAUGGGCGAUUCUGCCGACAAACAUUCAAGCGAACUCGGGCAGGCACACACGAAGCUCGAUCAACUUAGAGGUCGUCUCACUACUUUGGAGGCAGCACGAGACCAACAUCAUGCCCACAUCCAGGAACUGGUUGGCAGGGAGAAAGAGGCCAGAGACAAACAACACGAACAUCACCAAGAAUUGCUUGGCCGAGAACGAGCUGCCAAUGAGGGCCGUCACAGGGACAUCCAUGAGGUCAUUCAAAAGGAACGUAAAGCUCGUGAGCAGCACCACGGAAUGCUUCAUGACCUCGUUCACAAGGAGAAAGCCGCUCGUGGUGCCAUUGAGGAACUCCUCGCCCAAGAGAAGGCAGAGCGAUCCAAGCACCACUCUUCCUUCGAAGAACGAAUUGAGUCGGUGCAAAAGACUCUUGGUAUUUUCGAUAGCUUGCUCCGCAAGGAGAUUGAGGAGAGAACGAAGGAGUAUCGACGCUUGUGGGAUGCGAUUGACACCCAUACCCACGACCUCUCAACGCAGGUCAUUGGUGAAGCGAGUGGAUACACACCUGAGAUGGCCGAUCCACCUCGUAGAUAUCCAUUGGCAUCCGCACCAGUUCAACAAGGAUGGACAUCGGGGGUGCAGCCGAUCGUGUACCAAGAACCCGUCGUGACAAGCUUGCCACCCACACCAGGGAUUAGACAACUUUCUCCCAUGGUGCAAGUGCAGCCAGCUUCGUCUUGGGGUGUGCAGGCAAAGUGA